CCGGGAGGCGGGGCCGCCAGGUCGGGCAGGUUUGCUCCGCCCCGCCGCGUCUGCAGAGUGCGCAGUCCCUCGGCGAGCUCACACCGUCCUCCCCGCAGCACCUGGCCACGGUACUUCCGACGCGGUCCCGCGCGUCCCCGGCCUGCCAGUGGGCUCCCGGCGCCCCGCUCCCUCCGCGCGCCUUCCCGCGAGCCCCCAGCCCGCCUCGCGCCCCUCUCGACGACGCGCGCGCAGUAUGGCGCGCCCCCAGGUCCUCGCGUUCGGGCUUCUGUUCGCGGCGGCCACCGUGGCGGUGGCCGUGGCUCAGAAAGCAUGUGUCUGUGAAAACUAUAAACUGACCACAAACUGCUCUUUGAACGCACACGGUCAGUGUGAGUGUACUUCGCUUGGUGCACAAAAUUCCGUCAUUUGCUCAAAACUGGCAACCAAAUGUUUGGUGAUGAAGGCGGAAAUGACCAGCUCAAAGUCUGGGAGAAGAGUGAGACCUGAGGGGGCUUUCCAGAAUAAUGAUGGGCUCUAUGAUCCUGACUGUGAUGAGAAGGGGCUCUUUAAAGCCAAGCAGUGCAAUGGCACCACCACGUGCUGGUGUGUGAACACUGCAGGGGUCCGAAGAACGGAUAAGGAUAAUGAGGAGGAAAUAUCCUGCUCCGAACGAGUGCGGACCUACUGGAUCAUCAUUGAACUGAAGCACAAAACAAGAGAAACACCUUAUGAUAUAGAAAGUUUGAGAACUGCACUUAAGGAGAUAAUCACAACUCGUUAUCAGCUGGAUCCAAAAUAUAUCACAAAUAUUCUGUAUGAAAAUGAUCUUAUCACUAUUGAUCUGAUGCAAAAUUCAUCUCAGAAAACUCAGAGUGAUGUGGACAUAGCUGAUGUGGCUUACUAUUUUGAAAAAGAUGUUAAAGAUGAAUCCUUGUUCCAUUCCAACAGAAUGGACCUGAGAAUAAAUGGGGAACAAUUGGAUUUGGAACCCGGUCGAACUGCAAUUUACUAUGUUGAUGAAAAACCACCUGAAUUUUCAAUGCAGGGUCUACAAGCUGGUAUUAUUGCUGUCAUUGUGGUCGUGACCUUAGCAGUUAUUGCUGGAAUCGUUGUGCUGGUUAUUUCCAGAAAGAACAGAAUGGCAAAGUAUGAGAAGGCUGAGAUAAAGGAGAUGGGUGAGAUGCAUAGGGAACUCAAUGCAUAAGGACUACAAUUUGAAGAGUAACUACAAGAAGGGAAAUUAGCAGAUUGCUGGUGUACAAGCGUGGGACAGAGAUCUUUGAGGACUGCUAUUCUGUUAGUUAACAUCUUGUAUUUGUAAUAGUAAAGCCUGUACUCAGUAUAUAAGCAGUUUCAGAUUGACUUUACCAAUCUUAAAAUUUGACCACAGGGUCUUAUAUUUGCAGAUGUGAUAUAAAACCCAGAACUUGAACUGCAUAGUUAAAAUUAUUUAUGCCUAACAUUGAGGUGUGUGCCUUAAAUAUGCUUCCACAGUAGAGUUUGAAUGACUACUGUCUCAUCCAUUUGUGAUUGAAAGCUGCCUUUCUAUUUACUUUGAGUCUUGUACAUAAUAAUACUUUUUUUUUAUAAACUGUGAAAUAAAACAUUUUAAAACUGAAUUUCCUAACUUUUGAGUCAUUGAAUCAAAUUUCACAGUAUAUACACAAGGUAACAGGUUGAGAAAUGCUCUAAAUGCUAACUACAAAUUACAAGAGUUUUGUAUGAAUACCUAUAAUCAUGUGAAUUCAAUAUAAAAUGUGUAACCUAAAAUACCUAAGUUCUAACAGGAAAAUCAGAGUUUUAUUCUGAAUGAAUCUAAGUUUCUGUUUUAAAUCACUUUGGCAAACACUUAUGCCUUGGGGCAGAAUUGAUGGAGAAUGUUGUGAACCAUGAAUGAUGUAUUUAGUUGAAUUAAAGCACCAGUCGUUUAACGUCUUAUGUAAUGAGUAAUUGUAGUACAAACACAUUUUAUAUGAAGUUAAAGUAUCCUGAAGUAUUUUGCUUUCAGUAGGAAAUGUUUUAAAACACUAUGAAAAGAACAACAUUAAAGAAAAUGUAAAAGCUAGAUUGAACAAAGAUUUUUAUCCCUUCUCUAGUGUAGUUAGAAUUCUAGGAUGGGCCCCAAGAGUUCUUAUCUCUGAUGUGUAUCCUCUAUAUAAUCCCCUCCCCUAGAGUGUGGGUAGGGUCUGUGAAUAUGAUGAAUUCUCACUCCCAAGAUUAAGUUACAUUUUCUGGCAAUGGCCAGGAGAUUUUAGGUGUAGAUGUGAUUAAGAUCCGUAAUAACUUGACUUAGUUAAGGGAGAUUAUAAAAGUGCCCAAAGGUAGGAGACAAGAAGUAGAAACUAGAUGUGUUCUCCCUUUAUCCUUAAAGCAGACUGCCAUGUUGUGGAGAGGGUCGCCUAUCAGGAAACAGCAGGCUGAGGGGCGGUCCUUGGUCCUACAACCUCAGGAACUGAAUUUUGCCAGCACAGAGUGACCUUGAAAGAGGAUCCAGGUGAGAUCAUAGCCCUGGCCAACAUCACUGGAAUCUUGAGAACCUGAGGAAAAGAUCCUCUAGUGUGAUGCCUAGACCCCUGACCCAUGGAAACUGAGGUGGUAAAGGUUCAUGGUCUUCAGAUGCUAAAUUUGUGGUAAUUUGUUAUGCAGCAAUAGAAAUGGAUACAGCCAGUAGGAAGUAACAACAUGAAAAGAGAAGGGGAGUAGCAGAUAUUAAGGAGCAGCCAUUACCCCAGGGAUGAGAGCACCCAAAGUGCUCUACUUUCUCCUAAGCCCUACUCCUUGGACUGGGAUCCAGACCACAUGGGAGAGGGCAUGGUGGCUCCCUGAAGAGCAAGAAGUUGCUGUUGUGAGGCUGCAUUGGAGGGGCUCACUGAAAACAUGCUCUCCAGAACAGGAGACCUUGAACUUGAGCCUGCACCCUGGCCCACCACCUGUUUUCACGUAGUCUGGGAGGUAAGAAUGGUUUUUGCAUUUUUAAAUGUUUGAAAAGAAUGUUCUCAUGUAUGUGAACAUUACAUGCAAUAAAAAUGUCAGUCUAUUAAUAAAGUUCUUUUGGGCCACAGA